AUGUGCAGAAUCAUAUCCCAAGAACGGUAUCAGCUCUGCGGCCACACAGCAAAAUGCCACUUGAAGCACGGUCUCGUGUACUGUCAAGAACCAAAUGGCGUUCCUUUGGAUGAGCAAGCACUAGAAAACCAAAAGGAGAUGUAUCUGACCAAAUUCUGCCCGGAAGAUACCUGGAAAGACUGGACGCUGAACGUGGACGGAUAUUGUCCCAGCUGCGUGCGUCAGCGUGAGAAAAUAUCUGUAGCAGGAUGGAGAAGAACAUAUGCCUGCAGGCAUACCAGGGUGGGAAUGAUGGGCAAGGCGCUUCAGGGUUGUUUCUCGCCGAAUUGGAAAGGUCUGGAGGCGGCUUGGAGUGACGGAAAGGAGAACAAGGCGAGAGGAAAGACCUUGUCGCCGUUUCAAUUUGGCACGAAGAGAGAGUGCUCAGGAGUUGCAGGAACCGGCAUUCAGAAUCCCUUUGUGUCCCCGCACGAGAUUGCUGAAGGAACCGCGGAAGGCAAUCCGGAAUGCACCCCAGCGGACGUGGGGAUACAGAAAUUCAACAAUGACCGUGACAACUCAAAGUUUUCUUGGUGGAAAUUCCAGCAGCUUAGCCUAUGGGGUGAGAAAACGAGAGUUGCGUGCCCGGAGUGUCAGAGAGUCUGGGUUCGCCGGCAAUUGGGAAUACACACCCCGAUGGAUAUCGACGAGGAUCCAGAGAAGAAAAAUGGCCCUCGGUACCGGGCGAAGAAGCCCCAGGGUUUGGAAGUGGAAAUCUAUAACGAUGAUCUGACCUUGCCUCGUGUAGAACGUGUUCGAGACAAAUAG